AUGUCUGCUACAAAUUCACAUGACGUCGAUAUGGCUGCCCAUGUCCACCCUGCGACGGCAAGCGUGUCCACCACACCGCCUACUGCUGUGGCUGCCGACACCACCUCACGCCGCAAGGAACCUCCUCCUGAGAAACCCUCAGACUCCCGCAGACGCCUGCCCCUGGACGACAUGAUGGACUGGGCUGUUGGCAAGGCCUGCCGACCAGUCUUCCCCCUUCGCAUCUCCAUCCAGGCGAGCCAUCUGCAGGACCAGGAGGCCCAGAACCUGCUGCGCUUGACCCAACACGCCCUGGAUGACCUGAACGAUUUUCCCGGCCACCACCUGCGACUACAGCUGGACCCCCGGACCAGCACAGUGAAUGGCUCCGCAAACCUCGAAGAAGCUGCCCUUGUCAUACGCCUUCAACCUGGCGGGUCGACCACCGCCUCGCUUCACCCCUACCAGUCCGUACUCGACAUCACCUAUACGCCGAACGCGAUCCCGUCCCCGAGCUCCUCGUCCUCCUCUCUGGCCACGUACGUCGCCAGCGAGCUGCGUUCCACCUUCGCCGAGGAGCAGACCAUCAUAUCGUACCUGCUGUCCACCUCGUCUGCGGCUCCCGAGCACAAGCCUCAGGGCCUUGCCCUCGACGCCGCGGGCACAAUCGCGAAGCGCACGACCCGGUCUCUUAGGUACGCACCUGCGUACCAUCUCACCUUCUCACUCUUCACCGAUGGGCCCGCGCCCAGCAGUUGGGAUAUCGAAUCCGCCAUCGACGAGUACAUGAAGCCGGUGUUGGACGUUCUUGGGCCCAUCCACAACUUCACCAUUGAUACCCAGGUCCAGCUCUACGCCGCCCCCGGUGUCCAGUCUCCGGUUCUGAGCAAGGACGACCUCUCCUCAUUUAUCAAUGCUGCCGAGUGGCCACUGUCACCCUCGAUCGGCGGUGCUCCCACGGUGAACUUCAUUGUCUUCGUGGGGAAUCAAACCAUCGGCCUGCCCCGCACGCACGAGGAUGCCCAGGCGAGUGAGACUGCCGUGUCCGAGACUUCCCACUCCUGGCUCAUCCCCCAAUGGGGAACUGUUUAUCUCCUCAAUGUGAACAGUGACAAGGCUCACCUUGCGGUUCAAGAUCUCAAACAGCCGCUCCUGACCUUCACCACCCAUCUCCUCUCGCUCCUCGGCACCCCGACCUCCGGAUCUUUGCCCCUGCGCCUCUCCACCCUCUCUCGCAUCCGUUCUGCAGAUCUUCUUCUCCGCGCCUCCAGUACUCUGGGAUCACUUGCUCGCCUGUCCCUCGCUCUCCCGUCCAUGUCGAUUCCGCAGUCUGUAGCCGAUGGUGUCAGCACCACGAUUCGGCACCUCCGGCUGGCCUGUGAGAGCCUUGGGACCCCUGGUGGGCUGCUUCACGCACAAGUCGCAGAGGCCGCGGCUGAGAAGGCCUUCUUCGAGAAGAGCAUGGUCGGACAGCUGUACUUUCCAGAUGAACACAAGAUCGCCGUGUACCUGCCACUCCUGGGACCAGUUGGCGUGCCGCUGGUUAUGGGCCUGCUGAAUGAGCUGGCUGCUUGGAAAAGGAGGAGGAGAGAAAAGACAGAGAGCGGAAAGGCCAAGAAAGAUGAAUGA